GCUCUGCCCCGCGCCUCGAUGGUGCGCUCCGCCUGGCGGGGUGUCGGCGGGGGGAGCGCGGCGCUGGCGGCGCGGCGCGGCGGGUGGAAGGAGCUGCCCUCGAAGCGUUAGCAGCCGCCCCUCGGGGCUGCACUGCUAGCCAGGCCGCUGCAGGGACACGGGGCCGCGAGGCAGCGCCCGCCGUGUGCAGCGCGCACCAUCGCCCUGCCUGCCUCCGGCUUCUCCGCUUCUCCUUCCUGGCGCGGAGUUGGUGAAACUCGCGCUGAGGAGCCAGCGGGAGGGAGAGAAAUCUCCCCUGCGUGCGGCCGUGUGCAGGCCGCGGCCUGGCAGCCGUGUUUGUGUGCACCCUGUCGGCUCCAGAUGCGAGGUGUCAGUCAUGUCUGAAAAAGACAGCAGUGAAAAUCUGAAAGAAGAAGCCUCUCAUGAAGAUGAAAAUGGACAGAAACCUGAAAAACUUGGCUCCAUGGAGAGCAGUGAACAGGGAGAGCAAGAGCGUGAACCUGUGCCUAUGACUCGGAAAAGACCUGAACCUAAACCCCCAAGUCAGCCUGCUGCUAUAGAGAAAGUGUCAGCUGAAACACUCAAGGUCUCAGAUUCUCCUGCUGCAGCUCAGACAGGGUGGGGAUACUGGGGAAGCUGGGGGAAAUCACUUCUCUCCACUGCAUCUGCUACUGUUGCUACCGUAGGUCAAGGCAUUUCAAAUGUCAUAGAAAAAGCAGAAACAUCCCUUGGGAUCCCCAGUCCUAGUGAAAUCUCUUCAGAGACUAGAGAUGCUACAAAAGGAAGCAAGAAUCCUGGUGAUAGCAGCACAGAUGCAGUUGAUGAUGGCACUUCCUUUCCUAUUGCUGGGGCUCUUGGAGUUUUGUCAACCAUCUCUACAGCUGUCCAAAGCACGGGAAAAAGCGUUAUUAGUGGAGGUCUAGAUGCCUUGGAAUUCAUUGGGAAAAAGACAAUGGAUGUGAUAGCGGAGGGAGACCCAGGUUUCAAAAAAACAAAGGGCCUAAUGAACAGGACCUCUACAUUAUCUCAGGUCUUACGAGAGGCAAAGGAGAAAGAAGAGCAGCAGACAGCUACUGAGGUUACCAUGGCUACCGAGAAGAAAGCCCAUUAUGGGUUACUAUUUGAUGAGUUUCAGGGUCUUUCGCAUCUGGAGGCCUUAGAGAUGCUUUCCAGAGAGAGUGAAUCAAAGGUAAAAUUGGUUCUAAAUGCUCUUUCUGGGGAAGAGUUGGACACAUUGAAGGAGGAAAUGGAGCAGCUCAGAGAAGCAUUUUCAUUAGCUGAAUUCUCUGAAGAAGAAGAAGAAGAAGAAAAGAGGGGAAAUGAGGAGUUCACGAAAGAAGUAACAGAACUCUUUUCAGAACUGCAUGUCUCCACAAAGCCGGACAAGCUGAUCGUGGUGAGGACAUCUGCUCAUGAAUGGAUAGCACAAUUCAACAUUGCUCUUUCUAAAGAAGAAGAAGAGAGUGAAGAAAACCAAGCAGAAUCUGGAGAUGGUGACCAUGAUGUUAAAAAAUCUGUAGAGGAUAUUCAUGCAUUUGCCAUUAGAAGUCUGGCUGAACUCACAGCAUACUCCAUUGAAAUGUUUCACAAAACUGCAGCUUUGUUGCUACAUGGUCAGAAGAAAGAGGUGACAGCCACAGACCGAGCCAAGUCUCUUUCACAAAUGACGAUUGUGCUGUGUAAAGAACUAUCAACUUUCUCUAAAGAGUUUACUACGUGUUUAACAACUGCAGGGGUCAAAGAGAAGGCAGAUGUGCUUAAUCCUUUAAUCACUGGAGUGUUUUUGGAGGCUUCAAACAGUGCUUCAUAUAUCCAGGAUGCCUUCCAACUCUUGCUGCCUGUACUGCAGAUCUCUCUUAUUGAGGCUAGAACGGAAUUAUUGCAGCAAUAAACAACCCUUCUAAUUAAGAACUUUUUGUCCUUCUUCAUAGUUCCCAUGCUGGAGAAUCGUAUAAUGGCUGAUAUUAAGGGGAAAAGUUAACUCUGAUCACUGCUACUAUGAGAACGGUGAUUAAAUGCAGACUGGCAAUGGCAGUUCUGCAGGUAUAGCUGAGAGAUGAGAUGAACAUAGUCCAGACUGGUGGACAAUGUGAGAGAUUUAAAGUGCAGAUUGCUUCCCUGUUCUCAUGGAGUGUCUAUAUCUUUUCACUGAAAUCCCUCUGCUACGUGUGUUAAUAAGCUCUCUGGAGAAGCUCUCUGGACUGUGAAGACAGUGAUGGAGAAAAGUGUGGCAGCUGGCUGUAAAAGACAGCUAAAACAAUAGUGUGAUUUUUACGUUAGAGAGACAUAAUUAGGUUCCUAAUAGCUCUGUGUUGGUGUUGAAAUGAGUGUUAAAUAGGAGAUGCAAAGAAGUAAAUACCUAUGAUUAUGAACUUUGCAGUUCCUAGGUUUGAGAGACUAGAACAGAAAGGAUUCCUUUUGCUUUAUCAAAACAUUGUUGCUGAAGAGAAGCUCCAGCUACUUGAAGAUGUCUGUUAAUAACUCACAGAUGUGGCAUGAGGGCUUUCAGCAAGGUCCUGUUUCUCCUCCUCUUGCAGAAUGUUUGCUUCAGGAAGAGCUGGGAAAAUGCUGGUCUGGCCCUAAGAACGUGGUUGCUCUGUUUUAUAGCAAUAAAGAAGAAGUGGUUAA